AUGGCCAGAACAAGGCAGAACACGAAGAAAACCACAUCUGGUAUUGCACCACAAGUGCAAAUCAUUCAUGCUGCUCAUGCCACCCCCAUCCAAUGUGCAUCCGUGCAGUCCACCUCAAAGGCUUCAACACUGAGAUUAGUGCAGUGGCUCACGGACAAGGCCCGUGCCAAGGACAUAGACUUCCAGUGUCCUGGUUGCCACAAACUCGAAGAGGGUGUACUUGGGAAGAGAAUUCCCAUGUUGGAUAAGCCAGUCAUCAUCUCGGGGAUUUGUGAAAGGGCAUCUAAGUCUCAAGUGUGUGCCAAGUCCACCCUUAUUCUUGAGCUCAUCUGCACAGGAGUGGAAAUUCAAGGUUCAUUUCCAUCGCUCCUCAACAUGACCAUCAAGGAAUAUCACACAAGCAACUCCCUUCUGUAUCAAAAAAUAAUCUUUGAUUUUGGUAUGGAUCGAAAGUUUAGUUGGUGGAGUACGAGGAUCAAAAAACUGGGUGAAAAGUUGGGCAUGUAUGCCUUCAAGCACAAGAUCAUAUUCAUUACUGUUCAUAGCGAAGUCACCCACAGUGACCUGUUUGCAGGGAAGGGCAAGAGUGGUGAGGAUGUUGCAAUGGAGGUUGGCAAGUUCAUGAAAUGCCUGUUCACUUCUCCCCUGCAAAACAUGGUCUAUGGUUCUACACUGUUUAUGUUGACUUGUGGCCCCAUGGUUUCCUUUGAACAAUCAUUAGCAGCGUUGAAGCAAUCUAUCGCGCAACUCCGGCCAGAGUAUACGGUCGCAUUCACUGCCAAGGAUUUCCUCAACGCAGUUGUCAAAAUUUUCAUCAUGUCGUACAGCGUCAAAGUCUUGAUUGAAGGACAUGCUCUGGAGAACAUUAUCCAUGGCCUACUCGACAUCUUACUUGAACUUCAGAUGCACACUGAUGUACUCAUGGUACCACAGCCAUCAGCACCCAUGGGGCACAUCUCUAUCCAUGGGGUGCCUGAAAUGUGGUGCCAUCCAUCCAUGGGCAUGAUCAAAGCUGGACCCUCAUCCACUGAGUGGUUAUCACCCGAAGACUUGAGUGUCCAUGUGCCACAACCUCUACCGGUUGAAUACGACAUGCUCCAUGGUGACCCUACAUCUGGGUGGCUCAAAUACACUGUUUGUGCUGCAGUGCCACUGUGA